AUGAUGAACCUGUGUGGGAGCCCGGUAUGCUCCAACCAAGAUGCACUCCCAUGUGCAUGGAACGAAAUAUUCGACUCCUCCACCUGCACGAAUCAUCUGGUGGGGUUUGGCGCCGGCGCGCUGCUCAUACUCGCGCUCGCGCUCCACCUGCUUGUCAAAAUUCCUAGGAGCAGAGCGUCUGCGCGGCAGCUUUCCACACCCAGCUCACCGCUGCAGUUGGCUGCAGUGGUUUUCAGUGGCUGCCUAGGUUUGGUUUAUCUUGGCCUAGGGCUGUGGAUGCUGGGGAACUUCUUCAGUCUGGAUUCUCCUGUUUACCUGCCGCACUGGUGGCUCGUGACAUUAUCUCAAGGAUUCUGUUUGAUCCUUGCCAGCUUCGCUUUCAGCAUCAGGCCUCGAUUUCUUGGAGCUGCACUCGUUCGAUUUUGGUCUGUCGUGCUGGCCAUCUAUGCGGCAUUCAUCUCUUGUUCCUCGGCUCAUCACAUCGUUGCAGAGAAAGCGAUCACCAUCAAGGCUUGCUUAGAUGUUCUGUCCCUACCAGGUGCAAUAAUCUUCCUUCUUUAUGGCUUUCUGCACAGCCACGAGGAAGAGGCUUAUGGAGGAGCCGGAAAUGGUUUAUAUAAGCCCCUGGGCAUGGAGACAGAAGGUGAGGUAGCUAAUUCAGAGAAUGAGGUAACUCCCUUUGCUAAAGCUGGUUUCCUCAGCGAAAUGUCAUUUUGGUGGUUGAAUCCUUUACUGAAGAUGGGUUAUGAGAAGCCCCUUGAGGACAAAGGCAUUCCACUUUUAAGCCCUAAAGAUCGAGCACAAAGCCAGUACUUGAUGUUCAUGGAGAAGCUGGAUAGCAAGAAGCAGUUGCAGUCACAUGCUGCACCAUCAUUCUUCUGGACUAUUGUUUCUUGUCACAAGCGUGCAAUCAUGGUCUCAGGUUUCUUUGCUUUGCUCAAGAUUCUUACCUUAUCUGCAGGCCCGUUGCUUCUGAAAGCAUUCAUCAAUGCAUCAAUUGGGAAAGAAACCUUUAAGUAUGAAGGCUUUGUGCUGACUGCCACAUUGUUUGUCUGCAAAUGCUGUGAAUCGUUGUCGCAGAGACAGUGGUAUUUCCGCACACGGAGAUUAGGACUCCAGGUAAGAUCAUUUCUGUCAGCAGCUAUUUAUAAGAAGCAACAGAAUCUAUCAAAUGCAGCAAAAAUGGAGCACUCUUCUGGAGAAAUUAUGAACUAUGUGACUGUCGAUGCCUACCGGAUUGGGGAAUUCCCAUACUGGUUCCAUCAAACAUGGACAACAACUGUUCAGCUUUGCAUUGCUCUGGCAAUUCUGUAUAACGCAGUUGGUGCUGCAAUGGUUUCAUCGCUGGUUGUCAUCAUUAUCACCGUACUCUGCAAUGCUCCUUUGGCCAAACUCCAGCACAAAUUUCAGAGUAAACUUAUGGAAGCACAAGAUGUUAGAUUGAAGGCCAUGACUGAAUCCUUAGUUCAUAUGAAGGUAUUGAAACUUUAUGCAUGGGAAGCUCACUUCAAGAAGGUCAUAGAGGGGUUAAGGGAGGUUGAGUACAAGUGGUUGUCAGCAUUCCAGCUUAGGAGGGCUUACAACAGUGUCCUGUUUUGGUCAUCACCUGUUUUGGUUUCGGCGGCAACCUUUCUAACAUGCUAUCUUUUGAAAACCCCUCUUGACGCUAGCAAUGUCUUCACAACUGUGGCAACUCUGCGUCUCGUGCAAGAUCCAGUUAGGUCAAUACCAGACGUUAUUGCAGUUGUGGUACAAGCUAAGGUUGCUUUCACUCGGAUAUCGAAGUUUCUUGAUGCACCAGAGCUGAACCGGCAAAUUGGGAAGAAAUACUGUGUGAGCAUCGAUUAUCCAAUAGCGAUGAACUCAUGUGGUUUCUCGUGGGAUGGGAAUCCAUCAAGGCCAAUUCUAAAGAACAUAAAUUUGACAAUCAAAACUGGAGAAAAGGUAGCAAUUUGUGGAGAGGUGGGAUCAGGAAAGUCAACCCUUUUGGCUGCUGUACUCGGAGAGGUAUCCAAAACUGAAGGCACGAUUCAAGUCUGCGGGAAAAUAGCAUAUGUUUCUCAGACUGCAUGGAUCCAAACAGGAACUGUACAAGAUAAUAUCCUCUUUGGAUCUUUGAUGGACAAGCAAAUGUACGAAGAAACACUUGCAAGGUGCUCAUUGGUCAAGGACCUUGAAAUGUUGCCGUUCGGUGACCUUACUCAAAUUGGAGAGAGAGGAGUAAAUCUUAGUGGUGGUCAGAAGCAGCGUAUUCAGCUUGCUCGUGCACUAUACCAGAAUGCAGACAUCUAUCUUCUUGAUGACCCUUUCAGUGCUGUCGAUGCCCAUACAGCAACAAGUCUCUUUAAUGAUUAUGUCAUGGGCAUUUUAUCAGACAAGACUGUUCUUUUGGUGACCCACCAAGUGGAUUUUCUACCUGUAUUUGACUCCAUUCUGUUAAUGUUAGAUGGGGAGGUUAUUCGGUCUGCACCUUAUCAAGAUCUAUUGGCAGACUGUCAACAAUUUAUGGACCUUGUAAAUGCGCAUAAUGAUACCGUUAGUGAUUCAAAUCUUAGUAGUAUGGCCUCUCAAAGAGUAAUGGAAAUACCAAGAAAAGAGACAGGUGAUAUUCGUGGAAACAGAUAUACAGAGGCUGUGAAGCCAUCACCAGUAGAUCAAUUGAUCAAGAGAGAGGAAAGAGAAUCAGGGGAUACAGGUCUUAAGCCUUAUAUGCUUUACCUGCGCCAGAACAAAGGCUUCUUGUAUGCCUCUCUUUCUGUUAUUUGUCACAUAAUUUUCUUAGCUGGUCAAAUUUCACAGAAUUCAUGGAUGGCUGCUAAUGUCCAAAAUGCUCGUGUUAGUACACUGAAGUUAAUUUCUGUGUACAUUGUUAUCGGAAUCUGCACCAUUUUCUUUGUGCUAUCACGAUCUUUGUUCCUCGUUGUUCUCGGAGUCCAGACUUCAAGAUCCUUGUUUUCCCAGUUGCUCAAUUCAUUGUUCCGUGCACCUAUGACCUUUUUUGAUUCUACUCCUCUAGGCAGGAUUCUUAGCCGGGUCUCUUCAGAUUUGAGUAUCAUUGAUCUUGAUGUUCCAUUUGCCUUCAUGUUUACCUUUAGUGCCAGCUUAACUGCAUAUAGCAAUCUGGUAGUAUUGGCUGUUGUUACAUGGCAAGUUCUGUUUGUAUCAUUGCCGAUGAUAUUUUUGGCAAUUCGGUUGCAGAGGUACUAUUUAGCCUCAGCUAAGGAAUUGAUGCGGAUUAAUGGCACUACCAAGUCUGCCCUAGCAAAUCACUUAGGUGAAUCGAUUUCAGGGGUUAUAACAAUACGUGCCUUUGAGGAACAAGAUCGUUUCUUUGCUCAAAAUUUGGAGCUAGUCGACAAGAAUGCUAGUCCAUACUUUUAUAAUUCUGCAGCUACUGAAUGGUUGAUUCAGCGCCUGGAAACAAUGAGUGCUGCGGUUCUUUCUUCUGCUUUUGUCAUGGCUCUUCUUCCUCAAGGAACUUUUAGCCCCGGUUUUGUUGGAAUGGCAUUCUCUUAUGGUCUUUCCCUAAAUAAUACUCUUGUUAACUCUAUUCAAAGGCAAUGCAGCCUUGCGAAUCAAAUAAUAUCUGUGGAAAGGGUGAACCACUACAUGGACAUACAAAGUGAACCAGAAGUUAUUGAAGAAAACCGUCCGGCACCAGAUUGGCCCCAAGUCGGCAGUGUGGAGCUUAGAGAUUUGAAGAUUAGGUACAGGGAAGACGCACCCCUUGUACUACAUGGUAUCACUUGCAAGUUUGAAGGUGGAGACAAGAUUGGUAUAGUUGGUCGAACAGGAAGUGGCAAGACAACUUUAAUUGGUGCAUUGUUCUGCCUUGUUGAACCUGCUGGAGGGAAAAUAAGUAUUGACUCUGUGGACAUCACUAUGAUGGCUUACAUGACCUGCGUUCGUGUUUGGGCAUCAUUCCCCAAGAUCCAACACUUUUUCAGGGUACAGUAA